GUGGCAUUAUUAAAGAAUAGAUCUUGAAAGAGCCUUCUGCAAGAGGAAAAAAAAAUAAAGUACUACUGAAGACCAUGGCCUCUUCUAGCUACUCUAACUCUCCCUGUGCUGCCUGCAAGUUUUUGAGAAGGAAAUGCAUGCCGGAUUGCAUUUUUGCCCCAUAUUUCCCACCAGAAGAGCCUCAAAAGUUUGCAAAUGUUCACAAGAUAUUUGGUGCAAGCAACGUGAGUAAACUACUCAAUGAAGUCCAACCCCACCAAAGGGAGGAUGCAGUGAACUCUCUGGCCUAUGAAGCCGAGGCACGGAUAAAAGAUCCUGUUUAUGGCUGUGUUGGGGCCAUUUCAGUACUCCAAAGGCAAGUGAUUAGGCUUCAGAAGGAAUUAGAUGCCACAAAUGCUGAUUUGAUCCGCUAUACCUGCAAUGAUAUGCCAACUCAAGACGGGAGAAGGAUGGGUGAAGGGGGAGGUUCGUCUCUUGGUCAAUCGCCUGGUUACUAUUAUCCUUCUCCUUGGAACAAUGAUCCACUUGGGGAUGGUUAUCACAGAGGUGACAAUAAUAUGUGA